UCUUAUCCGUUACGGAUCGGCCAUGGAUCUCGAUGCGGUGAAGCGCUCCCUCGAGCUCGAUCCCGAUCCCUCUUCGUCCUCCUCCUCCUCCUCCCCUGCGGCGGAGCUCCCACCGAGCUUCUACGACGCCUUCGUCCUCCAUGGCCUCCGCAUCGACGCCGCAGAGCCCCGCCGCGUCCUCUGCUCCCUCUCCGUCCCCCCUCGCCUCGCGAACUCGGAAAGCUACCUCCACAGCGGCGUAAUUGCGACUUUGGCGGACGUCGUGGGCUCCGCCGUGUUCUAUAGCAGCGGGUUUCCAACCAGCGGUGUCUCCCUGGAGAUCAGCAUCUCCUACUUGGACGCUGCAUUUAUUAAUGAAGAAAUUGAGAUCGAGGCAAAACUGUUGCGAGUCGGAAAAGCAGUUGGGGUCACCUCUAUCGAGUUCAGGAAGAAGAACACGGGGAAGAUAAUAGCCCAGGCGCGCCAUUCCAAGUAUCUCGCAGUUUCUAGCAAACUGUGAGGCCUUCCUUUUACGCCUUGUAUUGAUGAUUCACAAAGUUGAACCCUAUUACUCCCAACUAGAUAGAUUUAUUUGACCUGCGUGUAAUUCACAAUGAAAAGGCAAUUAUUAUGUCGUAUAUCGAUAGGGAUGAUGAUGCUUUAACUGUAAAUCCUGCUACAUGACCGAUGUUUUUGGGAGGAAGUUACAGUUCUCUCAUCAAUGAACCAAUUAUCAUAUAUGGAAUCAUAUCUUAUGCAAGACCAUAAGUUUACUUGGUACUGUGUCCUGUUAAAGUAACAGAUGUAAACAUCACAAUUUUUUGCUAUUCUGUGGUUAAGUAAGGAAGGUAUUUUUCUGAGACUUGUGCCGUAUAA